AUGACGAAACUACCCCUGGCUCCGCCGCUUCUCCUCCUCCACCUCUUCCUCUUCUCCUCACCUCUACUCGUCAUUUCACAAUUCUCCACCGGCGAACGGCAAACUCUGUUGAGACUCAAGAAGGCGUGGGGCGAUCCUCCAACCCUACGAUAUUGGAACGCCUCCUCGUCGCCUUGCGAUUGGCCGGAGAUUCGCUGCGCCGGCGAUGGCUCCGUCACCGGAGUGAUUCUCAGGGAUUACGGAAUCGACGCCAGCAUCCCCGACUUCAUCGCUGAUCUCCACAAUUUAACCGUCCUCGACCUCUUCCUCAACCUCAUCCCCGGGGAUUUUCCGUCGGCGGUUUUGAACUGCUCCAAGCUUCAGAUGCUCGACCUGUCGCAGAACUUGUUCGUAGGAAAUAUUCCGGAGGAUAUCGAUCGGCUUGGAGAGCUUCAAUACCUCGACCUCAGUUCGAACAACUUCACCGGAGAUAUACCUCCAACGAUCGGAAAUUUAUCGCAGCUACGAACUCUGUCUCUCCACAGUAACAUGUUCAACGGAAGCUAUCCUAAGGAGAUUUCGAAUCUGGCGAACCUCGAAAUUCUGCUUAUGGCAUACAACGGCUUCUCGCCGGCGAUUAUACCGCCGGAGUUUGGAAAAUUGAAGAACAUCAAGUAUCUAUGGAUUAAGCAAGCUAACGUCUACGGCGCACUACCUGAUAUCUUCUCAAAUUUCUCGAGUCUCGAGCAUCUGGACUUAUCGUUGAAUCAAAUUGAAGGAGAAAUUCCGAGCAAUCUGUUCCUGCUGAAGAAUUUGAGUAAGGUUUACUUGUUUAACAAUCAGUUUUCUGGUCCCAUUCCUCAGGAGAUUCAAUCAUUCAAAAUUGUUGAAAUCGAUCUUUCCAAAAACAACUUAACUGGUAGAAUACCUGAGGAUUUUGGGAAGUUGAACAAUCUGGAGGUGCUCAGUCUGUUCGCAAAUCGAUUGAAUGGAGAAAUUCCUCCAUCAAUCGGAUUAAUCCCAAGCCUGAGGAAUCUGAGGAUCUUCAUGAAUAACUUGAGUGGAACAUUGCCUCCUGAAAUGGGGAAUCACUCAAGGCUAGAAGCCUUCGAAGUUUCCGACAACCAAUUCACCGGAACCUUGCCGGAGAAUUUGUGCGCCGGUAAGGCUCUGUUUGGUGUGAUAGCUUUUAACAACAAUUUAACCGGUGGAAUUCCAAAAUCCCUUGGAGAUUGCCAAACGCUUUUCUCGUUGCAGCUCUACAGAAAUGAGUUAUCCGGCGAGAUACCACCGGGCAUUUGGUCUGUUCCGAACAUAACUAGUUUGAUGCUUAGCAACAACUCCUUCUCCGGCGUGCUCCCGAGCAGAGUUGCUUGGAAUUUGACUCGUGUAGAGAUCAGUAACAAUGAGUUUAGAGGUGAAAUUCCUCAAGGGAUAUCGACUUGGUCGAAAUUGGUCGUGUUUAAGGCAAGCGAAAACAUAUUUUCGGGUCGAAUUCCAGAAGGUUUAACCAGCCUUCAAGAGCUUACAACUUUAGCUCUUGAUGGGAAUUCUCUAUCUGGUGAACUUCCCUCUGAAAUAAUCUCAUGGAAAUCUCUUAACAGUUUGAAUCUUGCUAGGAAUGAGCUGUCCGGUCCGAUUCCAGUAUCCUUCGCCUCGUUGCCGGACCUUACGGAUCUCGACUUAUCGCAGAACCAGCUCUCCGGGAAGAUUCCUUCUCAGUUAGGCCAUCUGAGGCUCACUGCUCUAAACCUUUCGACAAACAAGCUCUCGGGAAGAAUCCCGGAUGCAUUCGACAACAUGGCUUUCGAAAACAGCUUCUUGAAUAACUCGAAUCUCUGUGCCGCGAACCUAUAUUCUGUUCUUCACAGUUGUGAUUUAAGCUCAAGGGGAAGUAAGAGGAUGUCGCCGGGGAUUCUUGCUCUGAUCAUAAUCCUUGCAGUGGCUCUUCUUGCAGUCGUGAUUUUUAUGGCGCAGUGUAUGGUCAGAGACUACCGAAGGAAGAAACUCGACUGCGAUCUUGCGACGUGGAAGCUGACCUCAUUCCAGAGAUUGGAUUUCACUGAGGCGAACAUACUGUCGAGCUUAGUCGAGGGUAACAUGAUAGGCAGCGGCGGAUCGGGUAAGGUGUAUAAGAUCCCGGUUGACCGGGGAGGACAAUAUGUUGCAGUGAAGAGGAUUAGUACCGGUGAGAAGCAAAUGGAUUGCAUGCUCGAGAAAGCCUUUCUUGCGGAGAUUCAGACGCUCGGCUCGGUUCGCCACUCGAACAUUGUGAAGCUGUUGUGCUGCAUCUCUAGCGGGGAUUCGAAGCUGCUCGUGUACGAAUACAUGGAGAAUCUGAGUCUUGACAUAUGGCUUCAUGGGAAGAGGAGGAAGGGGUUGUUGUACGGUGGCGAUUUGGUCGGGGAGGUUGUGCUGGAUUGGGCGGUGAGGUUGAGGAUUGCGAUCGGGGCUGCGCAGGGGCUUUGCUACAUGCACCACGACUGCGCGCCGGCAAUUGUCCACCGGGACGUGAAGUCGAGCAACAUAUUGUUGGACUGCGAUUUCAAGGCGAAGAUUGCGGAUUUUGGACUAGCCAAGAGUUUGGUGAAGAAGGGGGAGAACACCAUGUCCGCCAUUGCUGGCUCCUUCGGCUACAUUGCACCAGAGUACGCCUAUACAAACAAAGUGAACGAGAAAGUCGACGUGUACAGCUUCGGGGUUGUGCUAUUAGAGCUAGUGACGGGGAAAGAACCCCAUUACGGCGACGAACACUCAAGCCUUGCCGAGUGGACAUGGAAGCACUACGGACAGGAAAAGCCAAUGGUGGAAGCACUCGACGAGGAUAUCAAAGAACCACAAUAUAUAGAAGAAAUGCUUACGGUCCUAAAACUAGGGAUGAUGUGCACGAGCCCGCUUCCUACAAGCCGGCCCACAAUGAAAGAGGCUCUGCAGGUCCUUCAGAGGUGCAGAUCCCUUGAAGGAGACGAGCAGAAGGUCGGGAAAGUGGGCGAUGUCUCGCCACUCCUCGGUACAGAUAAGUAUAUUUCGAGCUAUAGGUGUAGUUCUAAGAAGAUGAUGGAAUGUAGUGAGAGUAGUUUGGUUAGUCUGGUGUAAUACUAGUAGAGCAUAUAGACAUAGUUGCUACAGGGUGGGCUAAAGGGGACUUCAUAUAUAUAUAUAUAUAUAUAUAACAUUUAUAGAUACUGCCUAUUUAUAUCUUAGUGUGUUUUUGCUAUAAGCUAGGCACAAUAAAACAUCCUUUCUUUCUUUA